AUGGAAAGACCAAAAAAGCAACCUCCUCAUCCUUUUCCUCGCUACGGAGAAAUUUACUCAGUUUACUUCAAUCCCAAAAAAGGCAAAGAAGUCGGCAAACUUCGUCCCGCCUUAGUAAUCAGCAAUGAUAUUCAAAACGAAUAUGACAGCCAUAUUAUUACAGCAAGAUUUUACUUAACCGAGUGCGAGCCGUUGACUGAGAACUCCGGAAGCGAGAUUAUUGCGGAGUGGCUAGUGAAGGAUAAUGGAACAGGUGAAUAA